AUUUUGGCAAUACCAUGUAUAUCGAUAGCGACGGACGGAGGCGCACCGAUAUUACAGUAUCUUUUUUCGACUCCAACGGAAACCGCAUGCCAUUGCUGCAAAAGUUUGGCAAAACCGGAGAGUUGCUCGAUGUAACACUUCUGUUGACAUGGGCCAAUAACGCAACCUUCCCUCCUCCCAAUGAACCACUAUGUGGAUAUCUAAAUCAAAGUCGGUUAUGUCAAAGUCGGUUAUGUCUAACGCCAGGCGAUAAUCGAUUGGCAUUGUUGUCCAGUUCUUCAACAAUGGUGACAGUGGUGGUUGGAGUUUUAAUUGCAACGGUAUACACUGUGUCCCGGACCAAACAACGGCUGCUUUUUGAUCCAUGGUGGCAAAUCCAUUUACAAAAGAAAUCCUUAUCUGCAACCGCAUCCCGUUUUCACGGAUUUGCGACGGUACAAAAGCAGCGCGUUCCAGAAAGUGUCUCACAGGAAUCCAGCGUCCACCUCUUCGCAACACAAAAUACCCAAAGCUUCUGCAGCGCGGUCGUUUUUGGAUCUUAUAAAAAUAAGCCAGUUAUGGGAUGGAAAGUUUGUAGUAGAAGCCGCACUAUCAAUUUUGACGAUAUUUCUUCUAACAAGAAACUGUUGUUUCUACUGCGGCAAAUUAACAAAACUGAGUACAUCAAUAUCUGCCAGUUCUUGGGGCUUACCAUUACCGAAUCAUCUAAAGACAUGCACUGGAUUUCUGCCGUAAUGGAAUCGCCGUCAAGAGGUCCCUUACCAGACAUAUUCGACAGUUGGGUCAGCAGAAAUGUGGCUUUAGCAAGCUCGUUGAUUCUGGACUACCUUGAAGCAGUGCAGUACGUUCAUUCGUCAUUCUUGCAAUUUCAUGGGCGAAUUAGCGUUUUGACUUGCUGGGUCGAUCGGCAUUUCACGCUUAAAUUGGCACAUUGUGCAUCCGAAAGACUACGGCAGAAUCUGCAAGCGGCUUGCGGUGACCUUACAACGACUAUGUGCCAAAAUGCCAUUUGGGAGCCUGUGUACUGGUCUUCAUCUGGAUCAACGGUUGUUUCUGAUAGCAAAUCGAUGCAGUCAGUGGAUAUUUACUCUUCGGGCCUCGUCCUAUACGAUAUCCUGACUAUGGGAAAUUUUUUUGACAAAGUUCGAAUACUAGCUGAAGGUGCAGGGAUUCAAAAUCUGUGCAGCAUUUCGGACAUGAUAAACUUUCCAAGCGUGCCUGAUUUCGAAGACAUUCUUCGAUUGUGUACCAAUUUGGACAAGAAUCAGCGACCAAAUAUAAAAACCCUCUGUGUGAUGCUGGCUGACAUUAGUCCUAUACUGGCUGUAAGGAAACAAAAAAUUAGUCUUAUCGACAAAAUUUGCGCUGGUCUGGAAGAUUAUUCAGCCAAUUUAGAGCGACAAGUGGCAGUCAGAACUCAUGAACUGGAAGAGGAGAUGAAUAAAUGCGAUGCUAUCAUAAACCAGAUUUUACCAGGAUCUGUAGCCAAGCAGCUGCGAGUUGGAGAAAAGCUUUUACCAGAGUUUUAUGACUGUGUGACAAUUAUGUUUACUGAUCUGCAUGGAUUCGGUGACUUCAUUAAAAUCCAACAACCCCAAACGACGAUUGAUCUAAUAUCAUCAACCGAAGCCCAUAUCGAUAAACUGUCAAUGGAAUGCGAGGUGUAUAAAGUGGAAGCAGUCAUGGAUUCGUUCAUGCUAGCAAGCGGACUACCGGAAAGAAUUGGCAAAAAUCAUAUUGAGCGGAUAGCAACGUUUGCGCUUAAACUGUUGGAUAGUCACCCACACUUGGCUUUUCUGUUAAAUCUGCAGCUCAAGAUCGGUAUUCAUUCUGGUCCAUGCGCAGCGGGCCUGAUGGGAUCAAAGCGACCACGUUACUGUCUGUUCGGUGACACCGUUAACGUGGCUUCCAGGAUGUGUAGCCAUGGUCUGCCCAACCACAUUCACCUGAGUCCAGAGAGCCAACUCCUUUUGGAACAGUUCGAACAAUUCUCUGUUGAAUCACGAGGACGCCAAGCAAUAAAGGGGAAAUACGAGAUGACCACAUACUGGCUUUUGCCGGCGUUACUGCGCUAACUUUUACAUUGCUUUUGGACUACCAUGCAGCAUGCAUAUGUGCUGGCCAGUCAUAUUACUAUCUACCGCAUAUUGUCUAUGUAUUUACGUCGAAUCCAUUUCAUAAGUCGACUUCUACCAUUUUCUGGCAUUCGAGAUUGUUGGACACUACGUCACUACCUAC